AUGAAGGCAGUCCUUUUGCGCCUUGCCGUGUGCGCGACCAUGGUCCUCGCGGCUUUCGCCACAGCGCACCCUGGCUGCGGCGCAGACGUUUCAACGACUGCACCGGUUCCCACUGCGACGACCGCGGCGCCGGCGCCGACGACCGAAGCGCCUGGGACAUGGAGGCCGCUGGGUCUUGGCAAUGGUUUCAAAGGCGUGUCGGGCGACAGUCAAGGCCUCUGCUUUUUCAAGAAAGGUGAAGUGUUUACGUGGGUCCCAGGCCAGCCGACGAUGACCAGCGUCGGCAGCAGCCAAGAAUUCGCUUCGUGCGCGAACGGUACAAAAGAGACGUCGACGCUGGUGACGGGGCCUCUCGGCUACUUGUCUCCCACCGACGGUCAAACGCUGUGCAUCCGAGACCCAGGUUUUCGCUGCGCGACCAACGACGGCAACGGCUUCGGGUCCUUCCAAGAUUGGACGCACGGGCGUCUCCUCGCGGUACGCGCCUUCGUCAAGGACCACGCACUUAUCUACGACGGCUAUGACGGCUACGUCAUGUACUACGCCACCGUGGACGCAACCAAGAAGGCAAUCACCAACUUCACAAAGAUCGCCGACGGAUUCUACGCAGCCGCCGAUGGUUCAACCGUUUGCGUCACAUCGCUCUCGAGCGUCAUCUCUUGCGUCACAUCUGUCACUGACAUGUUGGCUGGGAGAUGGAAGACGUACCCGUACGACAACAAGAUGAUUGAUGCGUUCGAGGUCGUUGGCAACACGGUGUACGGUAUUAACUUUGACGAUGGGACGCUGCACUACCUCCAAUUAGCCUAG